CACCGUAGGCUCCGCCCAUGUCCCGUUCCCUGAUUGGAUGGAAGCGACUGGCUCGGAUCGCCCAUUGCCGGAAGGAAGGCGGCAGUGAUUCCAUUCUUGAAAAGGCCCUGGGGAAGAUUCUGCCGGGGUGGUGGCCUGCCGGAAGGAAAAUGAGUGAAUCUCUGGUGGUUUGUGAUGUUGCUGAAGAUCUAGUGGAGAAACUGAGAAAGUUUCGUUUUCGCAAAGAAACUAACAAUGCUGCUAUUAUAAUGAAAAUUGACAAAGAUAAACGGCUGGUAGUACUGGAUGAAGAACAUGAGGGUAUUUCACCUGAUGAGCUAAAAGAUGAACUACCUGAACGACAACCUCGCUUCAUUGUAUAUAGUUAUAAAUAUCAGCAUGAUGAUGGAAGAGUUUCAUACCCUCUGUGCUUUAUUUUCUCAAGUCCUGUUGGAUGUAAGCCUGAACAACAGAUGAUGUAUGCUGGGAGUAAAAAUAAGCUAGUUCAAACAGCUGAACUAACCAAGGUAUUUGAAAUAAGAAAUACUGAAGACCUAACUGAAGAAUGGUUAUGUGAGAAACUUGGAUUUUUCCACUAAAGUGAACAUCUUAUUACUCUUGAGUAUUUAUGUACUAACCUGACCAUACUGGAACCAGACAUAAAAACUUAUUUAUGCCUAAAAAUGCAUUGUUAUUUACAAUUUUGUUUCCUGCAGUAAAUAAAAAAAUCUUCAGUUGUG